UGAAAUAUGAAUGCCAUCAUAUUUGUUAUUAAUAGAGGAAGUGUCAUGUUGAUAGAAAUGAGUUAAGCGGCCCUUUUUUAUUUACCCCUGUAGGCUGUUUUCUCAAAAUGUGUUUGUUUCUGAUACUGAGACUAUAAAUUCUUUAUUCUUAUUCUAUACAUUUUACUCAGUGGUUUGUUCAUAUAGCAUAGCCUGAUCUAAACCUUAUACUCUUUCAUGUAAACAAACUAAAGAAUCCCCUUUAACCUACUUUAUCCGGAUAUGUGCUAAUUAAAAAACAAUAGGUAAGACAAAGGCUCAUUUGCAAAUGUAAAUACCUUUCAGAAACUCAACCAAUAAUCCCAUGCAGUCCCUAUGUCAGGUUUGUUGAAAAAUUAAGUGAACUAAGUAAGCAUUUAAAAGUUUGUAAACCAUGUAAGGUUUCAGAUGAAUUGUUUUAAUUAGACCAAAACACAUGGUUUCAUUUACUGUACAAGAGUUACAAUUCUUAAUAUUUUACACACACAAACCAAAUUCUCCUGUCUCAUUAAUCAUCCAACGUCCACUAAGAUUUAUCUUGUGACCCUUUGGAGGUGUCCGACCCCUAGGUUGAGAACCAAUGAGGUAUAAAAUCUGAAUAUAGAGUCCUCAAGCUGCUAACACGUUAAUCCAUUAACGAUAAAAGUGUAAUGUGGAUAAUAUAGUGUUAUACAUGGGGUAUGCACAAGUAGUCUACAUUUCUGACUUUUUCAAAGUAUUGAAACUGGUUUCUACCAAUACAAGAAGAGUAAAGGCUGUUUGAAAAACACAAACAGGGUUUUAAGAAAUAGUCCCUCUGUGUCCUGGUUUAUGUUUGCUGAAAUAACAUUUUAAAAGCAGCUGUUGCAGAAAGAAUAAACUAAUGAAUAUCUAAUAGACACAUACCACUUUCUGAGAGUCAGAGCCAGUUGAUCAGUCAAUCAAUAUUAGCCUAUAUAAUAUAUAUCACUUAUUAUUACCUGGCCUAUAAAUAACCUCUAAUUGCUCUUAAUACGAGCCAACACGUGAACGCGGUGGCAAUACUUGGCCAUAUACGCAAGUGAAACAUCACGUUAAUAAUUCUUAAUUAAUGGCAUCUCAUCUUAAUGAGGUGCACUACUGCGUUCCGUCUAACGGGUUAUUAAUAGGACUCACUUCACUAAAUAUAACCCUCCACGAUCGUUUGUCAUCGCGUCACAACAAGCAACAUUAUUCCGGUGUGUGUGGUUAUUUUUCACUGCGACCGGCUUGGAUGAGUGGUGUCGGGUUUGGGGCUAUAAAUGGAGGGACGUACACGAGGACUCGACACUCAUCCAGAACUGAGUCUGCAGGUAAGAUAUUAUCCUGUCAGCACUAAUUCUUCAGAUUUCACUGAACGUGUGUGUUCCUUAAUGGAAAAUUUAAACAUUUGAUUGUACAUACUCUUAACUUUAUGUUUUACCCUCAGCGUCAAACAUGACUAUUUGGUGCAACUUGUGCAGAUGUCAUGUCACAUCCCCGUGCACCUCUCAUCCUCUGCCCGCGGAUCAGCACAGCUCCUUCUGCGGGAGAUUCAGAUCCACCAAAGGAGCGUCCAAAGCCCGACGGGACCAAAUCAAUCAUGAGAUCAAGAACAUGCGUGCUCUGCUGCCCAUCACCCAAGAGGACCAGGAGCGUCUCUCCUACUUACACUCCAUGGCUGCCAUCUGUGCCUACAUCCGGAAGUCUGUUCUUCUCCAGGGACUCCCAGCUGGAGUGAGAUCACACUGCUCGGUGCCACACGAGGCCUUCCUUCCAGCUAUGCACGGCUUCAUCCUGGUCACUACUGCUCAGGGGAGGCUGGUCUACGUGUCACAAAAUGCAUCUGAAUAUCUCGGUCUUUCCAUGAUAGAUGUGCUCCAAGGAGACACUUUGUAUGACAUGGUCGAAUCCUCAGACGUUGAUUUUGUUAAAUCUAACCUGGACAUUGACAGCAACUCAUCAUCAGAGAGGAGCUUUAUAUGUUGUAUGCAAACCUCCAAAGCCUUCAAGCAGCAGCAGGGCAGCUGCUGUUCCAUGCUGGUGAGAGGGAGCUUCCAGUCUGUCCCUCAGCCUUACCCAUCCUCCUCUAUAGCCUGUCCCACAAACCAGCCUCUGUUUGUGGCCCUGUGCACCCCCACAGUCGACCGCCUAAAGGGCUGUGACUCGAGCUUCUGUCAGAGCUUCAACAGUGUGCACAGACUGGAUAUGACUUUCACUCAGCUGUCAGAUGGUGUUUUUUAUUUUUUGGGGUAUUCAGCAGAAGAAAUGAACAGUCGAUCAUGGUACAGCCUCAUCCACCCUGAAGAUGUUUCUUUGAGUGCAGCUUGUCAUAAAAGUUUAGUGCAAGCAGACGAGGGCUUCCAGGUAGAGGUGGUGCUCAGACUCCAGUGCAAGGAUCUGUCCUGGACCUGGAUCUACACCCAAGCUAACAAGGACUCUGAGAGCCAGACUGUGAGCUGCACAAACUUCAUCAUCAGUGAAACAGAGGCCAGAUUUCUUCAGGAGAAAAUCUGCAGUGAUGCCUUUAGGCCCUCCUCCCAGCAGGGGCCCCACUCACAGAGCCCCAACACAAAAUGUUUUAAAAGACAGAGGACAUCUAACAGCCAAAGCGAGGAGCCAGGUGCCAAAGUGAGGAGGGAUUCGGAAGGAGACGUUUACUAUGUGGCGUGCGCUUACUCCCAAGGCUCCCCUGUUCCCCUGGGUGACAGUCCUUCUCUCUUCACCCCCCCUUACAGCCCGGCCUCCUCCAGCUCCCCGCUGCAGCAGGAGGAGCUCAGCCGUGACCUCCUGAUGGAUGUGCAUGGAUACACAGAUCAGCUGCUGUCCUCCCCUGAGUGCUCUCCUUCCUAUUACUCCUACCCAGAGGCACACCUCACCUGUCACCAAUCCCCCACCGACUCCCUCCCCGCAUCCGCUGAACACACCUUCGACCAGGCAUCCUUCGGCGCUCACUCCCCGCUCCCCUCCUCGUCUCCCACCUAUGAUUUCCGAGCGUGUAUGGCUGAAGCUCGAUUAGUUCCAGAUUGCCUGUCUGUGUCGGACAUGUGUGAGGGCUCAGUGGACUGUGCUCUGCAUCAAGAUGACUUCGGCCUCCUCGAGCAGCCACAGGGGGGCGGCAUGGUGCAGGUGCAUCAUGUCCCUCAACAUGUGUUGCCCACACAUUCUGGCCUUCUCACCCCCAACCAGUCUCCCCCAUCGACAGACCCUAACCAUUACAAUGAGAGGGAGCAGGAAGAGAUCAGUAUUCUGGCUCAGCAGAUUUCUUCCCUAGCAAGCAGCUUUUCCAUGUAUCAAAGCCCGAACCCGCUUCAAAUUGUGGCCCAACCUUCAAUCGCUGACACCCUGCCCUCCACCUGCGACUGGCACCAUCACCAUACUGUCCCUUCAGACAUUCCUCUGAAGCGCGAGAUGGUCCUGGAUGUCGCCGUGUUUGACAGCAUCCUAAAAGACCUGGACAUGGUCCCACCAAAAAGCACCACGUCUGGCCCUGGGGUUGUACCAUACAACUACCAGCAGGGCUUGUUGCAUUGCAGGAGUGAGCACCAUCAGCUGGUGCAGGGGCCCCUUAGUGUCUCCCCAAAUACCGCAGAGGAGCCCCUACCUGCAGAGCAGUUUGCUGCAAUGGAUCCCUACAGUUUGCAGUUGGGACGCCAUGACGAAAACACUGGGUUGCAUCAACUCAAUCACUAUAUGCAGAGUGCACUUCAGCAAGAUGGUCUUACUGAGGAAAACCUGUACUGAAAUAAGUCUGUGACUUACUGCACUACCACUUGUAUGACAUAUUGUCAGGGCUGGAUUUGAAGAUGAAUGCGAGGGAAGACAUUUAAAGGACAUCUUUGCUGAGACACUGUUUCCUCAAAACAAUUAUUUCUGAAUGUAAAAAAGCGUCUGAAGUAGAUCAUGCGCUUUUCAAGACUGCAGCUUUGUCUUCAUUUCUCCACACUGCUGUCGACCGUGUUUUAUGUUGUGCUGAUGUCUCACAUUUUAUGAAAAAGGUACUUUUUAAUAAUGUGUCUGACAACGCUUACAUGCUGAAAUGGAGGUAUAUUUUUCUUCUAAUGCUGAGUGACCACAGUUUACUAUCGAGCACUUUAUCAAUGUCAUUGCCAAAUGAAUUUUAUAAAUGCGAAGGCAUGCCGAUUUAAAGGAGUAUAUAUAUUAUUGAUUGGAAUUAGGUGCCUUAAAAAUCUGUAGUUUGAUAUCUAUGACAGUUUUAAUGUCUUGUUUCUGCUAUCAAUGCUUUAUGAAUGCAUAAAAAAGAUACUGAUGAUUGUUUCUCAUAACACCUACCUCAAUUGUACAUCUAAAGACAUUCCAAGUGUGAAUUUCAUUAUUAAAUUAUAUUUAAUUAGAAAAAAAAAUCUUGCUUGAUAGUUCUGAAAUGUUUUUUAUUAAUUCCACUUUUGUUUUUUCACGGCACAGGU